CCGAUACACCGCACACAUAAACACGCCGCAAUACUUGACUGGAACCAUGGACGGAUUCUCUUGGAAACUUUUCCUACUUUCUUGCCUGGUUGUGGAGGGCUCCGCGCAAGACUUCGGACAGACCCAGUUUAUUUGCACGUCGGUGCCCAAGGAUAUGGACUUGUGCACGGCUACGAUGCAGAACAGCGGGCCGGCGGAGGACCUGAAGACCACGGUCAUGCAGCUGCGGGAGACCGUGCUGCAGCAAAAGGAGACCAUUAUGAACCAAAAGGAGACGAUUAGGGAACUAACGUCCAAGUUGAGCCGCUGCGAGAGCCAGAGCCUCCCUGAGGCUGCGGGACCUGGCGGUAGGCGGCCGGGAUCCAAGAACACCAUGGGGGAUGUAUCUCGGGGUCCUUCGGACACUCUGGCCCAACUGGGACAGACUUUACAGACCCUCAAACAGAGGCUGGAGAAUCUAGAGCAAUACAGCCGAGGGAACAAUACUGUGCAGGCGAACAGCCUGAAAGAUCUUCUGCAAAACAAGAUAGACGAUAUGGAGAAGCAAGUUCUGUCCCGGGUCAACACUUUAGAGGAGAGCAAGCCGGGGCAGAGGAACGAGACGGACCAGCGGAACAGAGUGGAGUCCACACUCACUUCUCUGCACCACCGGAUCACAGACCUCGAGAAAGGCAAAGACAACAGGCCAACAGAUAAGUUCCAGCUGACUUUCCCCCUGAGAACCAACUACAUGUAUGCCAAAGCAAAGCGGAGUCUUCCUGAGAUGUACUCCUUCACCGUGUGUCUGUGGAUCAAGUCCAACGCCUCGCCUGGCGUGGGAACACCCUUCUCCUACGCAGUCCCAGGUCAGGCCAACGAGAUGGUGCUGAUUGAGUGGGGGAACAAUCCCAUGGAGAUUCUCAUCAACGACAAGGUUGCAAAGCUGCCAUUCCUUAUCAACGACGGCAAAUGGCAUCACCUUUGCAUCACAUGGACCACUCGUGACGGGAUGUGGGAGGCCUUUCAGGACGGAGUGAUGCGGGGCAGCGGUGAAAAUCUGGCACCCUAUCAUCCCAUCAAGCCACAGGGAGUGCUGGUUCUGGGACAAGAGCAGGACACUUUAGGAGGAGGCUUUGAUGCGACACAAGCCUUCGUCGGUGAGUUAGCAAACUUGAAUAUCUGGGAUAGGAAACUUUCCAUUGGUGAGAUCUAUAACCUGGCAACCUGCAACAGCAAAGCACAAGCUGGCAACGUCUUCUCCUGGACGGAGGCCAACAUCGAAAUAUUUGGAGGAGCAACCAAAUGGACCUUCGAGCCUUGUCGUUCACUCAACUGAACUGCAUUUCACCAUUUGAGAAAGGCCUCUCUGUGUUUCUGAGCUUUUGUCGUUCUUGUCUUCAUUUGACGUUUGUUAGAGACUAUUUGAUCUUAAGUUAUUGGUAAGCUUAAAUCUGGGAUUUCUAUU